AGACGUGUUGAAGUGUAGAAUACAAAUCGAAAGUAUUCCACAAGCUAACACAAAUAAAAUCUUUAGUGGGUUUGAGCAUAUAUACGUCAAAUUAGAGACGGCUCCUUGUGCUUCAUCUUGGAUGACUUCUCUUUCAUGUUCUUCAAGCUCUGUGGUGGUGGACGCUUCUGGAACUUCAACCAUACUCCAAUGGCUAAGGUUCAUCUUCCUCUGUCCAUGCCCUCAAAGAGCACUUUUAUCCUCUAUCGAUGUCUUUUUCCUUCUGAUCAUCCUCUUCCUCUUUGCGAUAAUUCAUAAGCUCAAUUCAAGGUCCACCUCCACCUAUGAAGAAGAAGAACCUCUUUUUCCUAAAAGUAGACUUGUUGUCAAUAACACCAAUAUUUGGUUUAAGCUGACUUUACUCGUCACAACAAUUCUAGUGGUUUUAUCUUUGGUUUCAUCUAUUCUAGCAUUUGUACAAAACAACGAGAUAUCAUGGAAGCUAAUAGAUGGGAUUUGUUGGUUGAUUCAAGCUAUGGUUUUCCUUGUAAUCAUUUUGUUGAUCAUCCACGAGAAGAGAUUUCAAGCCUCAACACAUCCGCUCUCCCUUCGUGUUUUGUGGGUUGUAAAUUUCAUCAUCAUUGCUUUAAUGGCUUCUUCUGGUGUUAUCCGGUUGGUUUCCAACACUCCAGUUUUGAAAUCCGAAGACAUAAUUUCAUUGAUAUGUUUGCCAUUUUCGGUUUUCCUCUUAAUUAUGUCCAUAAAUGGGUCAACCGGAAUCAUAGUGAAUAGAGAAUCAGAAUCACUAGUACCAAAUGGUAAUGGUAAAGUAUUAGAGUCGGAGGUAGAAGAAGUGAGUGGAUGGGCAUUAGCUUCAAUCCCAUCAAAGUUGUUUUGGAUAUGGAUGAACCCGUUGUUGAAGAAAGGGUACAAAACCCCUUUAAAACUGAAAGACAUCCCAACACUUUCACCCCAACACAAAGCUGAGAAACUCUCCAAACUUUUUGAAAAAAAUUGGCCCAAGCCUCAUGAAAAUUCGAAACACCCUGUGAGGGUUACAUUGGUUCGAUGUUUUUGGAAAAAUGUCGCCUUCACUGCUUUUCUUGCGAUUAUAAAGCUAUGUGUCACGUAUGUUGGGCCUUUGUUGAUCCAAAGAUUCAUAGAUUUCACUUCAGGGAAGAGUAGCUCCCCAUAUGAGGGAUACUAUUUGAUACUAAUCCUUCUUGUUGCGAAACUAAUUGAAGUUUUGUCAACCCACCACUUCAAUUUCCAUUCUCAGAUGCUUGGAAUGUUAAUCCGCUCCACCCUUAUAACUUCCCUUUACAAAAAGGGGUUACGCCUCUCUUGCUCUGCUCGACAAUCCCAUGGUGUUGGACAGAUUGUGAAUUACAUGGCUGUAGAUGCUCAACAACUCUCAGAUAUGAUGCUUCAGUUGCAUGCUAUUUGGCUUAUGCCACUCCAAGUUGCAGUGGCGUUAGUCAUUCUUUACUCAUACCUUGGGAGACCUUCGUUGGUAGCUUUGGUAGGGAUUUUGGUAAUUGUCAUUCUUGUGAUUUUGGGUACUAAUAGGAACAACAAAUUUCAGUUUAAGAUAAUGCAAAAGCGUGACUCGAGGUUGAAAGCAACAAACGAGAUGCUUAACUACAUGAGGGUGAUUAAGUUCCAAGCAUGGGAAGAACAUUUCAACAAGAGGAUUCAAGCCUUUCGUGAGUCUGAAUAUGGGUGGCUUACAAAAUUCAUGACUUCCCUCGGUGGAAACAUGAUCCUUUUGUGGAGCACACCUUUGUUUGUCUCUUCACUCACCUUUGGGAGUGCGGUUUUGUUUGGGAUCCCACUUGAUGCAGGGACAGUGUUCACUGCCACAUCACUUAUCAAGAAUCUACAAGAGCCGAUUCGAACAUUCCCACAGUCGAUGAUCUCCCUCUCUCAAGCCAUGAUCUCGUUGGGUAGAUUGGAUGAGUUCAUGUUAAGUAAGGAGUUGGAUGAGGGGGCAGUGGAGAGGGAGGAGGAUUGUAGUGGGAUGACAACGGUUGAAGUUGAAAAUGGGUCUUUUGGUUGGGAUGAUGAAGGUGAUGAAGGAGGUGUUGUCAAGAAUUUAAAUUUUACCAUUAAAAAAGGUGAACUUGCUGCAAUUGUUGGGACUGUUGGUUCUGGGAAAUCGUCUCUUCUUUCAUCGGUUAUUGGCGAAAUGCACAAAAUCUCCGGGAAGGUGAGGGUGUGCGGAAGCACUGCAUAUGUUGCACAAACGGCAUGGAUUCAGAAUGGGACAAUCCAAGAGAACAUUUUGUUCGGUUUGCCAAUGGAUAAACAGAAAUACAAGGAAGUAAUAAAGACUUGUAGCUUGGAGAAAGACAUGGAAAUGAUGGAAUUUGGAGAUCAGACUGAAAUCGGAGAGCGUGGGAUUAACCUGAGUGGUGGUCAAAAGCAGAGGAUUCAGCUUGCCCGAGCUGUUUAUCAAGAUUGUGAUAUCUAUCUUCUUGAUGAUGUCUUUAGUGCUGUAGAUGCUCACACGGGUUCCUCAAUAUUCAAGGAGUGUGUGAGGGGAGCUCUUAGAAACAAGACAAUCUUGCUCGUUACCCACCAAGUUGAAUUCCUCCAUAAUGUUGAUCUAAUCUUAGUGAUGCGAGAUGGGAAGAUUGUUGAAUCAGGAAAAUACGAUCAACUUCUAGAAUCUGGCUUAGAUUUUAAGGCACUAGUGUCUGCCCACGAAGCCUCUAUGCAACUAGUAGAAAUGGGAGCUAAAACAACUGAAACCCCUUCUCCUAGACCUCUUCAGAAGUCUCCUAGCCAUAACCCAAUGGAAGAAGAUGAGAAGGAAUUAGAAAGAUCCAAGUCUAGUUCUAUCAUAGGCACAUCGAAAUUAGUUGAAGAAGAAGAGAGAGAAACGGGAAGGAUCAGCUCAAGUGUCUAUAAAGUGUACCUUACCGAGGCUUUUGGAUGGUGGGGUGUGAUUAUUGUUUUGUUUUUCUCAUUCGCAUGGCAAGGUGCACAGAUGGCAAGCGACUAUUGGUUGUCCUAUGAAACCUCCGACACACGUGCAUCCUCUUUCAACCCUACGCUGUUUAUACAAGUUUAUAUAUCCAUCGCUCUUUUGUCCUUCCUUUUGGUAUUCGGUAGAGUCAUUUCCUCAACAAUCAUCGGGCUUAAAACCUCCCAGAGUUUCUUCACGCAGAUGCUUCACAGCAUUCUUCAUGCUCCAAUGUCAUUUUUUGACACUACACCUUCAGGAAGGAUUCUUAGCAGGGCUUCAAGUGAUCAAACAAACAUCGAUGUGUUAGUUCCGUUCCUGAUGAGCCUAUGUCUUGUUAUGUAUAUAUCAGUGAUUAGCAUAAUCAUCGUCACUUGUCAGUAUGCUUGGCCAACUGUGUUCUUACUGAUUCCAUUGGGUUGGCUCAAUUUCUGGUAUCGGGGAUACUUUCUUGCAACAUCUCGUGAAUUAACACGACUUGACUCAAUUACAAAGGCACCCGUUAUUCACCAUUUCUCGGAGAGCAUCUCUGGGGUUAUGACAAUUCGGUGUUUUAAAAAGCAGGAGAGGUUUGUUCAAGAAAAUGUUGAUCGUGUGAAUGGAAACUUGAGAAUGGAUUUCCACAAUAAUGGGUCCAAUGAGUGGUUAGGUUUCCGUUUGGAGUUCCUUGGAAGCUUAUUUUUAUGUGUUUCCACGUUGUUCUUGAUCAUCUUGCCUAGUAGUAUCGUUAAACCAGAAAAUGUGGGACUAUCUUUGUCGUAUGGAUUGUCACUCAAUGUAUCGUUGUUUUGGGCUGUGUAUAUGAGCUGCUCAGUCGAAAACCGAAUGGUUUCUGUUGAGAGGAUAAAACAGUUCAAUAACUUACCAUCAGAGGCUGAAUGGGUGAAGAAAGACAAUCGCCCUCCUUCAAAUUGGCCUUCUCAUGGAAAUGUAGAGCUCCAAGAUUUGCAGGUCAGAUAUCGUCCAAAUACGCCUCUGGUGAUCAAAGGGAUUACACUGAGCAUUAGAGGAGGUGAAAAGAUUGGUGUGGUUGGUAGAACCGGAGGUGGAAAAUCAACUAUGAUCCAGGUCAUGUUUAGGUUGGUGGAGCCUUCUGGCGGAAGCAUAAUCGUUGAUGGCAUCGACAUCUCCACCAUCGGACUCCAUGAUCUCAGGUCUCGUUUUGGAAUCAUUCCUCAGGAACCGAUCCUUUUCGAAGGCACUGUGAGAAGCAAUAUCGACCCUAUUGGCCAAUAUUCCGAUGAACAGAUCUGGAGGAGUCUUGAACGAUGCCAACUUGAUGAUGUUGUAGCUUCAAAACCUGGUAAACUAGAUUCUCCAGUUGUUGAUAAUGGAGAUAACUGGAGCGUGGGACAAAGACAACUUCUUUGUUUGGGGCGAGUGAUGCUGAAGCACAGUAGGUUGUUGUUCAUGGAUGAAGCAACAGCUUCAGUGGAUUCACAAACAGAUGCGGUCAUUCAGAAAAUCAUACGAGAAGACUUUGCUGAAUGUACAAUCAUUAGCAUUGCUCAUAGAAUACCAACAGUCAUGGAUUGUGAUCGUGUUCUUGUCAUUGAUGCUGGUUAUGCUAAAGAAUUUGACAAACCUUCACGCUUGAUUGAGAGAGCUUCUUUGUUUGGGUCACUGGUUCAGGAGUAUGCAAACCGGUCCUCUGGUUUAUGAAAUCCCCUCCUGUUGAAGACAUGGGGCUUGCAGUUUUGAUGACAAUAAGAAAAUUUCCAUAUUUUAGAUAAUUUUGAGAUGAUUUGGUUGAUAAUUUUUGUUGUAUUAAUGGUUUAGUAGAUAAAUGAAUUAUUUAGUAUAAGUUGGAU